CUGUUUCCACAUGCAGUGCACGCCGCCGCACUCGCACCGGACUUGUCGUUGUAAACCAAAAACAUUUAGGAUUUUACAACAUUGCCUUCGGACCAUCAAAACUAGCUUGGUUGCCUUUGAGCAGGUGCGCUUCUUCUACAAAGCCAUUCGGCUCCUCCUCGUAAAUACGCACGGACGGCGUUGAACUCGGCGUAAGAAACGCGCGACAGCUGAAAAUUGAAGUCGAACAACGAAGAGACGCGUUGGGAAUCAUCUCGAGUGUAACGCCCUACACGUCAAACGUCUAACUGCUUGAAGGAUGAAGUCUUUGUGGUAUGUCGGUGUCUUUCUACUUGUGGAGCACCUGAGAAGCGUGGAGCCAGCUAAGGCCCGCUGUGUGACUGGGAUCAUUGACGACGAAGAGCGGGCCGUUGAGUACCUCAAGGAGUUGAAUGGUGUGCUGACGGACAUGUGUACCAGGACUGUGGUGGCCAGUUGGAACUACGCGACAAACUUGACAGAGUACAACAAGAAUCAGUCUAUCGAUCACAACGUCAAGUCCAGCAUCCUCGAUAAGGAGAUCUGGGCAAACGCAACGAUGUUCAACUGGGAGUCAUUCAAGGAUCCUGUGACCAGGAGAGUGUUCAAAGAGUUUUCCACGCUGGGGACCUCCGUCCUGCCAGAGGAAAAAUUGAGCGAGUUUAUAAAACUCACAACAGACAUGGCAGGGAACCACGGAGGCGCCAAGAUAUGUCCAUUUGUUCGAGUUACGAACGAGGACGAUGAAUGCAACGUUUCCCUAGAACCCACUAUAAAAAACAUGUUGCAAACGUCAAAAAACCCUGAGGAACUGUUACACUUGUGGAAUGAAUGGAGAGCCGUCGCAGGAAAGCCCGUGAAAGAGAAGUACCUCAGGUACAUUGAACUUGAAAACGAAGCUGCGCGCCUCAAUGGUUUCAAGGACGCCAGCGAGAUGUGGCUGGACGUCUACGAACACAAAGACCUCGAGAAGGAUUUGGAAGAGCUUUGGAAUCAAGUAAGGCCCCUUUAUGAGCAACUCCAUGCCUACGUUCGCACAAAGUUACGUCACACCUACGGCGAGCACACCAUCUUGAAAGAUGGGCCCAUUCCUGCACAUCUGCUAGGCCAUAUCCACUCUCAGGUGUGGACACACCUCAACACUGAAACACAGCCGUACCCAAACAAGCCAACAAUUGAAGUUACAGAAACCAUGAAAAAUAAAAACAUGACACAGCUGGACAUGUUCAAGCUAUCAGAGGAGUUCUUUACUUCAAUGGGCUUGUUACCGAUGCCAGAAUCAUUCUGGGAGAAAUCUGUCAUCAAAAAGCCUACGGACAGAGAAGUCAUAUGUCACGCUUCAGCCUGGGACUUCUGCGCCAACAACGAUGUCAGGAUCAAACAGUGCACCCAGGUGAAGAUGGACGACUUGCUUGUAGUACACCACGAAAUGGGACAUGUUGAGUACUUUCUUCAGUACGCAAAACAGCCAUACUACUUCAGAGCUGGGGCCAAUCCCGGUUUCCACGAGGCUAUUGGGGACACAAUCGCUUUGGCCGUGGCAACUCCAAAACAUUUGAAGAGCAUUGGCCUACUCGAAAAUUCGACGGACGACGCAGAAUCUGACAUUAACUACCUGUACAGCAUUGCACUUAGCAAGAUAGCCACUUUGCCUGCUGAGUACAUCUACGACCUGUGGCGAUGGAACGUAUUUCGUGGAGUUUACGCUACUGAGGAGCUCAAUGAGAAGUGGUGGGAACUGCUAUUCAAGUACCAGGGCAUCUGUCCUGGGGUGAAGAGAACUUCUGAUGAUUUUGAUCCACCAUCCAAGUACCACAUAUCUGCAAGUGUACCCUACAUAAGGUACUUUGUGAGCACCAUCCUGCAGUUUCAGUUCUACAAAUCCCUGUGUGAGGAAGCUCAUCACGACGGCCCUCUGCAUACCUGUGAUUUCUACCAAUCCAAAGAAGCAGGAAAACUGUUCAGCGAGAUGUUGCAGCUAGGAAAAUCAGUUCCGUGGCCAGAUGUGCUCAGCCUAGUGACCAAAGGGAAGACAAAUAAAAUGGAUGCCAGACCCAUGCUUGAGUAUUUUGAGCCACUGAUGCAGUGGCUUCGAAAAGAAAACGAAGGGGAGACAAUCGGAUGGAAAAGUUCUGACCCAACUGUGUGCCCCAGUCUCCAGAGUCACCACGUGUGAAUGCUACCAAGUUCCCUGUGUAGACAUGUCCAUGUUAUUCGAGCUAGAUCUCAUUUGGGUAUAUUUUGUGUUUCACACCAUAGCAAUAAAAAAUGUUGUUCCACAGA